AUGCGUGUUAUGGUAAAAGGACCAGCCUUUACAUGGACCAUAAACCGUCAACCAUAUAUCAAUUCUUUGAUCACUGUUGAGAAAACCCAGGGAUGCGUGAUCUGCUUUAAAUCAUCUUAA